GCGGCGGCGGCGCGCUCCGCCCGGCAAGAUGGCGCUGCAGUAGGCCCGGCCCGGCCCGGCCCGGCCCGGAGGCGGCCCCCGACCCCGCAGGCCCAGGUCUGUGAUUCCUGCAGCUGCCCUGCCAGUGCUGCGACCUGGCCUUUGAACCGCUGCGCACAGAAGCAAAACAUGGACUCGGGGGCUGCCCGCGGGCUGUGACUCGGGCCAGGGUGACCAGGGCGCUGCAGAUCCCAGUCAGAGGGCAGCCUUGUGGAUGGCCCCGAAGCAAGCCAGAUGGAAGAGGACAGAAGGGAGCAUGAGGAGGCGAACAGACUGAAACCCUUCCUGACUCUGUCCCCUCCAGUCUGCCAGGAGGAACCUCUGACAAGGAAGAUCCAGAAUGGAGCCCCCAAGAGUUCGUAUGCAGAAGUCAAUGGGGACACCAAGUGGCAGCUGAGAGGCUUCCUUGGGGCUCCCCUGAUGAAGGGGGCCCAUGUGAGCCCCGACUUGCUGCCAGCAGAUGGAGGCCAUACCCUAUGUUUGCAGAACGGAGGGAUCAAACGCACUGUGAGCGAACCUUCGCUCUCUGGAUUCCAUCAGACGAAGAAGUCCAGACUAGACCAAAGGGCAAAUGGAGAAAGUGCAAGCUUCGGGGAAAGCCAGGACAGGACCCCUGGCAACAGCAGGGAGCACCCACCUGGCUCUGCUUCCAGCGAGACAAGGGAACCCCGGAGCUUUGCAGCCCAGGACAGAGCAGCUGAUACUCUCCCUGCCCUUCCCACUCCCAACUACAGAGUCUCAGGCACCCCCAAGCUGCCGAUCCUGCCCCAGCAGGAGGGCAAUGGUGCGGUGGGCCGAGAUGAAGACCUUGUGUCGCUUCCGACCAAGGCGGUGCUAAUGCCCAAUGGUGCUAUGGCUCCUGCCGCCCCGGUAGGGAGUAUGCCUGGUGCACUUCCAGACUGUGUUUCCAAUGCGGUGCUGAGAACCCCGACCCAGGCCCUGCCUUCCCAUGAGCCCUCUCACCCACUGCAUACCUCAGGGCAGGCCCCUCACCUAGGUCUGCCCCCCGAGCCAGCCCUGGCUGUGCCUGUUGUUGGUGCCCCAAAUCCCACCACCAGGCCCAGUGUAGGUUCCCUGGAGAAAACAGAACAGCUGCCAGCUGAGAGCAGCGCCCUUCUCAGUUCCCCUGAACUGGUACCUGGUAAGGAUCCUGCCCCAGGACCUGGGAGCAAUGCCCAGAGAGAUUCCAAGCAAAAUGAAACGAAUGGUGCUUCCUGCCAGCAGGACUCAGUGUUGCCUCCCAAUUCCAUCCCGGCCACCAGUGAACCACCAACAGCGCGCCCCACGCCUGUGAGUGAGGGCAUGCUGGGAGAACCCCGACACCACCCCGGCCAGAUCCUUCGCACUCCGCAUGCAGGGAACACAAAGACCCAGCACCAGGGGCCCCUUCCAGCUCCACACAUGCCUGCCACUGCUCAGGGGUUCCCCAAAAAGCCCCUGAGUAAUGACAACCACCAGCCCAGCCAGGCCCCAGGGGCAAUGCCCAUCGCCUUGUACCCUGAGCAAACCAGGCUCCCAGUGGAGCAUCUCCAGUCUCAGCCCCUGGCCCACUGCCAGGCACCGACAAGGCAUGCCAGGCAAGAGCCCCGCAAGGAUGGAGAUGUGGAAGGAGGCCCUGCGCACGCCCGUCCAGUGCAACCCUAUCUGAGGCCGGGUUGGAUCGACCUCGCUGCCCCUCGCUCCCACCCGACAGAGGCCCGGCCCCAGUGGACAGGGGCAGUCCUGCGGCAAGGUCUUCAGUAUCCAGGGAGCGCGAGCAGGCUGGGUGGGCUCCAGGAGGGAAGGGCCCAGGGGGGCCCCAUGAAGGCCGGUCCAGGGUUCUCCGCAGGUGCAAGGACCCCACAACACCACCUGGUUCAUAGGACCCCCACCCAGAUGUACUUCCCCAGAGCAGACCCUUCACCCCAAGUGCACGCACAGUCACCAUGCACCCCCAGGUUCCCUUUCCAGCAGAGACCAGACCCACCCAGUGAGAAGCCCCCAGCCUUGGCUGCCCCACAGACCUCAGAGGCUGAGCCAGUGGCACACUCUCAUCUUCCCCAGCACAAGCCGCCCCAUGUGCAGGCGACACAGCCAACUCCCAGCCAGAAUGCUCUCUCUCAGAACCAGCAGCAGCAGAAAUCACUGAGACAGAAUAGCGAACAAAUGCCCGUCACCCUCCUGUAUCCCUCAGACCGCGCAGAUCAGCGAAAGCUCUUGGGCCAGAGGAAAGUGGAAGCGAGUUUCCCGGGUGACGUUUCCUAUUCCAAAUCGAGUGGCUGCAAGGCGUCUCAUCCUCAGACAGGUCUGGAGCAAGCACAGCCAGCGAUGACUAGAAACCUCCCCUCGGGUCCCAUGAAAUCAAAUGUCUGCUUGGAGCCAGUUUCUUGUUCCAACAGUGUGCGUCCGUUCCCUGAAGAAAAGGGACAGAGCAUAAAUGCUGAGGUUUUCAAAGGAAACAAGGCCCCACACUUGCACCAUGCACAAUAUUUUCCGAAUAAUGUGACCCCACAGACAGACGCUCUUCAGAGGCGCUUUCAUGAGCGGGAGCAGAGGCUGCCCUCUUCCGCCAUGCUUCAGGGCUGUCAGAGCAGGAGCUUGGAUGCACCUGUUCAGCAGCCCACCACUCACGUGCCACCAAGGUACGUGUCGCAGAACCGGGCUUUCCCAGGGCCCCAGCCCAGUGAGGGCCACCCACAUCCCCAGCCCCACAAGGACCUCCAGAAACAUGCUGCUCUCCGGUGGCACCUCCUGCAGAAGCAAGAGCAGCAGCUGGCCCAGCAGUGCCACCCUGAGCCUGGCCAGCCACAGAUGUCACGAUCGAUUAAGGUAGAACCUGGCACCAUGCCCCAGGCCUGCAUGUGCCCUACGUCUGCACCUCCAGAAAAGAUGUGGAAGAAGCCAGCCAAGCAGGAGGUGUGCCUCACGAGCUGUGAGCGCGGGCAGCAGCAGAGCAUCCUGGCCACCAUGGAGCAGCAGCUCAAGCAGUUUCAGGCCCAGGCACCCUUCGACCCAAAGACUCUUGUGAUGAAGUCACAGAAGCCGGUCAAAGUAGAACCCGCCGUCUCCGCCUCUGCACAAAUCGGGGCUGAGCACCAGCCAGAAAGAACCCCCACCAAACGCAUGGCAGGCUCAGUCCUCAACUCCUUUCUAGAGGCACCUUCCAAAUUGAUAGAUGCACCUGUAAAAAAUUUUUUGGACACAACCCUCAAGACUCAGUAUGAUUUUCCAUCGUGCAGAUGUGUAGAGCAAAUUAAUGAAAAAGAUGAAGGUCCUUUUUAUACCCAUCUAGGAGCAGGUCCUAAUGUGGCAGCUAUUAGAGAAAUCAUGGAAGAAAGGUUUGGUCAGAAGGGAAAAGCUAUUAGGAUUGAAAAGGUUGUCUAUACUGGUAAAGAAGGCAAAAGCUCUCAGGGAUGUCCUGUGGCCAAAUGGGUGAUCCGCAGAAGCUCCAAGGAAGAGAAGCUGCUCUGCCUGGUGCGGGAGCGGGCGGGACACUCGUGCAAGGCGGCCGUGAUCGUCGUGCUCCUCCUGCUGUGGGAAGGGAUCCCGCGGCCACUGGCUGACAGCCUGUACACGGAGCUCACCAGCACGCUGUCCCGGAAUGGCGCCCUCACCAACCGCCGCUGUGCGCUCAACGAGGAGAGAACUUGUGCCUGUCAAGGGCUGGACCCCGAGACGUGCGGCGCCUCCUUUUCUUUCGGUUGUUCCUGGAGCAUGUACUACAAUGGAUGUAAGUUUGCCAGAAGCAAGAUCCCAAGAAAAUUUAAGCUGCUUGGGGAUGAUCCAAAAGAGGAGGAGAAGCUGGAGUCUCACCUGCAGAACCUCGCCACCAUCCUGGCACCCAUUUACAAAAAGCUCGCUCCUGAUGCCUACAACAACCAGAUUGAGUAUGAACACCGAGCCUUGGACUGCCGACUGGGUCUGAAGGAAGGCCGUCCGUUCUCGGGGGUCACUGCAUGCCUGGACUUCUGUGCCCAUGCCCACAGAGACCUGCACAAUAUGCACAAUGGCAGCACAGUGGUGUGCACCCUCACCCGAGAAGACAAUCGAGAAACGGGGGUGAAGCCCAAGGAUGAGCAGCUGCACGUGCUGCCUCUGUACAAAAUCGCCGACUCGGAUGAAUUUGGGAACGUUGAGGCCCAGGAGGAGAAGAAGCGCAGCGGCGCCAUCGAGGUGCUAAGCUCAUUUCGCCGCCAAGUGCGCAUGUUGGCCGAACCCGUCAAGUCGUGCCGCCAGCGGAAGCUGGAAGCCAAGAAAGCGGCUGCGGAGAAACUGGCCUCUGUGGAGAGUGGCUCGAGGGCCGGGGAGAAGGACAAGGUGGCUGCGGCACGUGCCAAGCAAGCCGAGACUGCCGGUCAGGCCAAGCAGUUGGCAGACCUGCUGCAGCUGUCAGGACCAGGUAUGCAGCCGUCCGAGGUGCCCGCCUACGCCUCCAGCCUGUACGCGGGCCGGCCGGGCCCCUACCCCGGCCCCGCGCCCCCGCCGGACCCCGGCCGCCUCUACCCCGCAGCGGGCUCCUACUUGAACGCCUCCGCCCCGCUGAGCCCCUACCCCGGCCUCCUGCACCCCGGCGGCCAGUAUCCCGCCUACCCCUGCCACGGGGGCCUCCCGGGAGACGGCCGCGGCCCCUACCUGGGCCCAUACUCGCCGCCGGCCCAGCCCCUGGACCUGUACGGCUACGCCGGCGCCGACCCGCUGGCCAAGCUGCCCCUGCCGCCCAUCCACACCUUCUACCCGCCGCGCUUCGCCGGCGCGCCCCCGGGCUGCUCGGCGGCCGGCCUCGCCUAUCCUGGGGCGCCCCUGGAGGGGCCCCCGCUGGGCGGCCCGGGCUGCGGGAGCGGGGCGCCCCGGCCGGACGAGGCCGACGACGCCGUGUGGUCCGACAGCGAGCACUGCUUCCUGGACGCGGGCAUCGGCGGCGUGGCCGUGGCGCCCGAGCACGGCUCCAUCCUCAUCGAGUGCGCCAAGCGCGAGCUGCAUGCCACCACGCCGCUGCGGGAGCCGGAGCGCCCGCAGCCCGCGCGCGUCUCGCUCGUCUUCUACCAGCACAAGAGCAUGAACGAGCCGCGGCACGGGCUGGCGCUCUGGGAGGCCAAGGUGGCCGAGAAGGCGCGCGAGCGCGAGGAGGAGGCCGAGCGCCACGGCCCCGACCUGCCCGCCGGACGGACGGCCCGGAAGGCGCGCGGCCGGGAGCCCCCGGAUCUCCUGGAGCCCCUGGAGCCCGAAGCGCAGGCCGCCUACCUGCGCCUCGCGUGGGCCCUGGCCGCGCGCGCGCCCGCCGGCACCACCGACUCCACCGUCACCACCGCGCCCUACGCCUCCACGCGCGUCACCGGGCCCUACAGCAGGUACGUCUGA